AUGCUCAGGGUCUCUGUCCAGUCCGCCAUGCUCCGGGACCCGGCCCCCAGGGCCCCUCAGCGCAGGGAUGGCGCCUUUUGCUCCCUGGCCCCCGCCCGCCUGGAGGACUCGGAAAAGGGGUCGGCUUUCUGCGCCACUACGGCGCUACUUCUUUCUCUUAUUGGUUCUAAUGACCUGCGAGACCCGCUGGAGUGCAAACUGAAUUCUACGAUCUGCCGCCUCUUUUGCCUCCCACGCUUCAGAAAUGGGAGCCUCCACAGGGCCAGCUCUUCCGCAUCUUGCCGCCCAUUGGCUGUUGCGCAUGCGCCUGGCAGCCGCUCCAAUGGACCAGCGGUGUCUAUGGACCAAGACAGCGAUGUGUUCUUCAAUCAACAAGAGCCAGACACCCUUCAAAAUUUCCAACUAAGUAGUGGCUUUGUCCUCAACACUGAUGUGGCAAAGGAGAAAAUGGAAGUGGAUUUAGGUCUGCCACCAGAUCCCACCACGAUAGAUGCCAGCCUCUUUAGAAGAUCCGGCAGUAUCCCAUUGAGCAAUGGAUUCGGUGAUAACUCACGGGGAUUCCAAGUGGACAACUUAAGAAUGAGAAGGAACAGCUCACCAUUUCUGAAUCUCCGUGCUUUGUUUCUGCCUUCCCGCACUCGUACAUCUGCCAACCGAAUUUUCCAAAUCAAACAAGAAGAAAGGAUGGAUAUAGCAAGCAGAGAAGCAAUGCAUGAACGGGAGAUGCAUGCUGCACUGAAGAUAACUCAGAGUUGGGAAACAAAUAUAACUAUGAAUGACACCACCACCAUGCAACCAUCUGUUAUAAGGAGCAUCAAACAAAUUCAUAUCUCUCCAAUGGCUUCUUUCACCAAGGAACCUGGGAAGGACCAUGAGGACUGUUAGACCAAGCAUUCUGGAAACAUCAAAAAGGAAAGGUAAAAUGGAGCAUGAAGAUCAGCCAAGUAAAAUUUGCAGGUAUUACCAUCUUACAACCUCCUCAAUCCUCCCAGCUGUCAACAAAAUGUUUGGGAGAAGAGUUGUCUUAAUCAGAUACAGAACCUACCCAGUCUGUUCAGCAAUGGAUAGCUCCGAUGGAAACAGCAGACUUGUAGAGUACAAUAAAUGAAGGACGC